AACCUAAUGUCUGUCAAACUUUAUGGAAAAUUAAAACUUAGAAAUGUUUCUUAACUAAUUACACUAAUGUACACUAAACUAAAGCAAACGAAUUUUUUUAUUUUAAUCAUACGUUUUAGCGGAGCAAUGAAUUUACACCUAGUCGCACUAUAAUGCAACUAACAAAAUGAACCAACAGACGACAUCUGACAAAACUAGCACAUAUAGCUACACUAAGCCGAGGAAAGGAAAGCUUCAAGAUAAUAAGAAUAAUAUUAAACGUGCACUUGAACAAAAAUGAAGUGCAUGGUAAUAAUAUCCCAGUUGGAUUUCUUAACAUUCAUUUUGCUUUCACUGGCCCAUGGCACCCGUCAAGCAAAUACUAAUUGUCAUGAUAACAACAACGGUUUUAAUACCGUUUUUAAUAAUCUGUCGAUUGAUAAUGGUAAUGAAACUGAUAUGUCCGUCAUAAUGACACAGGCGCCAACCAUGUCAACGAAUCCGACGAGUGAUGCUUCCGUUUGGAAGUGUUGCUGCUGGGAAGCAACUAAUCAGAAUGAGUUUGAGUGCCGCUGCGAGGGCGAAGCGCUGACACGUGUGCCACAAACAUUAAAGUUGCCUCUACUAAGGCUCACAAUUGCAUCAGCGGGCUUGCCACGGUUGCGGUCGAUGGGUUUGAAGGUGUAUGCUACCACAUUAUUGGAUGUUGCCUUUAUAGACUGUCUGCAACUUGAAGCUAUACAGAACGGAGCUUUCUCAAACUUGACAUUUCUCCGCACCAUCUAUAUUUCAAAUGCUCCAAAACUAACUUACCUACCCAAAAAUGUAUUUGAGGGAAUUUCCGACACUAUUGAAAUUAUACGCAUUAUAAACAGCGGUUUAACAAGUGUGCCCGAUUUUGGAUAUUUACCACCCAAUAAUAUAUUACAAAUGAUAGAUCUCGAUAACAAUCAAAUUUCUCGAAUUGAUUCAAAAUCUAUUCAAGUAAAGACUGCACAAUUUGUUUUAGCAAAUAACGACAUACAUUUCAUUGAUGAUUCUGCCUUUUUGGGUUCGAAAAUAGCUAAACUUUCAUUGAAGGAUAAUCGCAGGCUUACCGACGUUCACCCGAAUGCAUUUUACGGUAUAAUUGAUAUAACAGAACUAGAUCUCUCAAGCACAUCUUUAGUCAGCUUGCCAUCAGCUGGACUACAAACCGUCGAAGUAUUAUACAUAAUCAAUACGCAUACUUUGAAAACAAUACCCUCCAUAUACAAUUUUCAGAACUUACAGAGAGCCCACUUAACGCACUCAUUCCAUUGCUGUGCUUUUCAAUUCCCUUCGAGGCAUGAUCCCAAGAGGCAUGCUGAACGCUUACAGGAAUUACAAAAAUGGAGAGAACAAUGCAAUGUUGAACGGGAUUUAUAUCGGGAUGUCGACAAGAAGCUGAAAAAAAACACAUCCGUGAAAGAUACGGCAGGAGUGCAUUAUACAAACCAAAGUGGAACUGCUACAGAUAAUCUACUGACUGACGCAGCUUCCAAUUCGUAUGACUACAUGGCUGAUUCCACAAUGAACAAUAUUGGAAUUUUUCAUGAGCAAAUUACAAUAAAUCCAGAUGACAACCAAUUGGCUGAGUAUUGCGGAAACUUCACAUUUAGAAACCCAGAUAUCCAGUGUUUUCCCAUGCCAAAUGCCCUAAAUCCAUGUGAAGACGUCAUGGGAUAUCAGUGGCUGCGAAUAUCUGUUUGGAUUGUAGUUGCAUUAGCUAUUGUUGGUAAUUUGGCGGUUCUCACUGUCACACUAUCUAUUAAAUCAGAGAGUCCAUCAGUGCCACGCUUCCUAAUAUGUCACCUUGCUUUUGCCGACUUAUGUUUGGGUCUCUAUUUGCUGCUUAUCGCUUCAAUUGAUGCACAUUCAAUGGGCGAAUAUUUUAACUAUGCAUUUGAUUGGCAGUACGGAUUGGGCUGCAAGAUAGCCGGGUUCUUAACCGUGUUCGCCAGUCAUCUGUCGAUCUUUACUUUGACUAUUAUUACAAUUGAACGCUGGUUUGCGAUCACGCAUGCAAUGUACCUAAAUAAGCGUAUCACAUUACGUCAGGCUGCUGGAAUUAUGUUAACGGGUUGGAUUUACUCCAUAAUUAUGUCUUCAUUGCCCUUGUUUGGUAUAAGUAAUUAUUCAUCUACCAGCAUUUGCCUGCCAAUGGAGAUACGCGAUAUAUACGAUUCCAUAUAUUUGAUAUUGAUUUUGGGUUGCAAUUUCGUGGCGUUCACAAUUAUAGCCAUAUGCUAUUCACAAAUAUAUCUUUCUCUCGGGCAAGAAACGCGUCGUGCACGACGUAACAAUCCGGGCGAAAUGAGUGUUGCUAAGAAAAUGUUACUUUUGGUAUUUAUUAAUUUUACUUGUGGGGCGCCAAUUGCUUUUUUUGGUCUUACUGCAUUGGCUGGGUGCCCGUUGAUUAAUGUUACAAAAUCGAAAAUAUUACUAGUCUUCUUUUAUCCCUUGAAUUCGUGUGCGGAUCCAUAUUUGUAUGCCAUCCUAACAUCUCAGUAUCAACAGGAUUUAUUGACUUUCUUGUCCAAAUUGGGCAUUUGUCGCCAAAACGCACUCAAAUAUAAGCACAGCGAUUCGUUGCAUGGAACUUCACAUUACACUAUUCGCGGGUCGAUUGAACAGCAAAGUUCACUUUGCCAAAAACCCCAACAAGAGGGGGCCGCGGAGACACAAACAAUGCUAAAGAAUAAUGAGGAUUAUGUGUAAAUGAUUUAUUUAUCAAUAUACUUUUAAUGGUUCUGCGUGUAA